GAUCCGUGCGCACACACGACAUGCGCCGGAUUCCCUCCGUAUUACUCUGACCGCCAGCCAGGUUCCGCUCAACAAGCAGUCGUCGAACAGGGACAUGCGGGACAGCGUGCAACCACUGAGCAAAGGCGCGCCGAGGCGUGACCCGUACGAGCUGCCUGAGCGGUACAAGUCUCUCGGGCUGUGGCGGGAUAUCAUGACGGGCCGUUGGAUGCUUGUGCCAUCGAGCGCUUUUGUGCUCAUGAUGAUCCCGGUCAUUCUCUGGGCUAAUCAGUGGAUGCUCAUCGACCUCGGGCUCAUGGGACCGUACAAGGUCAAUCCCUUCGCGUGGAUGCUGUUCCCUUCCCACCGCCUACCGAACGGGCUGUACACCAAGGGCCUCUGCGACUUUGUCUUCAUCGCAUACUAUAUCGUCUUCUGGUCCUUCGUCCGCCAGUUUGUCACGCUCUAUAUUUUGCGCCCCCUCGGACGAAGCCUGGGAAUCAAGGGGUCCAAGGUGAUGCGGUUUACGGAGCAGGGUUACGCUGUCUUUUACUUUGGCAUCAUGGGCACCGCAGGCAUUCUCGUCAUGAAGCAGCUCCCGACGUGGUGGUACAAGACAGAGCACUUCUGGCUCGGCUACCCCCACCGCGAGAUGACGUGGCGCCUUAAAACGUACUACCUCGUGCAAGCGGCGUACUGGUGCCAGCAGGCCAUCAUCCUGGCGCUGAAGAUUGAGAAGCCGCGCAAGGACUUCAAGGAGCUGGUCGCGCACCACAUUGUCACUCUCUGGCUCAUCGGAUGGAGCUACGGUCUCUCGCUGACCUAUAUCGGUGUGUCCGUUUUCGUGACGAUGGAUGUUUCGGACGUCUUCCUCGCCUUCGCCAAAUGUGUCAACUACGUGAACGAGGCAUGGUCUGGUCCACCCUUUGCCGUCUUUGUCUGCGUUUGGACGUAUCUCCGCCACUACCUGAACAUCAAGAUCCUCUACUCUGUCUACACCGAGUUUGAGAAGAUCCCCUGGGAGGAACGCCAAGUGUUUGACCCGCUCAACGACAAGUGGAUGGUGGGCUGGAUGAAGUGGCAGAUCUUUGCGCCCAUUUUCCUCCUCCAGUGCAUCAACUUGUUCUGGUACUUCCUCAUCUGCCGCAUCAUGGUGCGCAUCGUUCUCUUCGACGUCGCCAAGGACGACCGGUCAGACGACGAGGACUCGUCCGAGGAGGUAAAGCUCGUCGGCGACGCCGACAAGACUCAGUAGGCGAGCACCGGGCGUCCCGCAAGGUAAGACCGGAGCGGAGAACGAACGUUGGGCUUGAACCCGGGCUGUUCGCUGCACGUGCACAAUUACAGUAGAUACAACACGCGGUGGUAG